GGCGACCGCUUCCGCCUCGUGGAGAAGAACAAGAAGGAGGGCACGGAGCUCUUCAAGGACGGCAACAUCACGCACGCGGCGAAGCGCUACAAGGACGCGCUCGGCCACGCGGCGAAGUUCCGCGACCUCAACCCCGAGCAGACGGCGCAGACGACGAAGAUCAAGGUCGACCUCCACGUGAACAUGGCCCUCUGCUGGACGAAGCUCGACAACGUCGACCAGGCGCUGAAAUCCGCGGAGGAGGCGCUCAAGCUGGAGCCGGCGCACCCCAAGGCCCUCUACCGCCGCGCGGCGGCCUUCGAGAAGACGUCCAAGUUCGACGAGGCGAAGAAGGACCUCAACGCCGUGCUCAAGCAGAACCCGGAGGACAAGGCCGCGCUCGCGCUCGCGAAGCGCGUCGACGCGCAGCUCGCGCGCCAGAAGGCCAAGGCCAAGAAGAUGGCCUCGAAGAUGUUCGCC